UAUGAGAGAUGCAAAGGACGUACAAACGACUCCUUCGGCUGGUACAAGUAUUGAUGUGGCAACCUUAUUUGGAUCCGGUGCCAACAAUGUACAGAAUACAGGGCAACAACCUGCAGCACCAACGAGUGUUUCGCUUGAUCAACUGUUUGGUAGAGCUAGUCUGAAUGAGCAGCCGUCAGUGAAUUCACCUGUGGUUGGCAAAUCCGUCGAUCUUGCUGCUUUAUUCCAAAAAGCAAAUCCACAAGCAGUCUCUGCCAUGUCACCACCAAAGCCCAAGUCUUUACCUCUUGACGACUUGUUCACUAACGCAAUUCACCAAACAACUCCACCUCCCCCUCCUGGCAAGGCAUUGUCAAUCAACGACUUGUUCCAUAACGCGAUGCAACAGCCACAAGCUCCAGUUCAAUCUGAUACACCUGUACCUAAUCCGUCUUUAGCAUUGCUCAACCAACUGCGAGGUAAUCCUGUAAAAGAACCAGCUAUGGAGCAGGUGCCAUCGAACCCGGCAAAUACAUUAUUAGACCUUUUGAAGAGAGCAAAACCGGUUAGCCCUCAAGGACAGCAACCGCCGUUGCAUGCCCAAAUGCAAUCGCCUGCACAAUAUGAACAACGACAACCAACGUAUUCUCCUUCUGUACAGCAACAGUCUCCAUUUGUAAAUCAGCAGCAACCGGUUACAGUAAACGGAUCAAGUCACCCACAGACAAACCCACUGAUUGCCUUGUUGCAAGGCGCUUCUGUCAAUAAGCCCCAAAGCCCUACAGCAGCCUCUCCCGUCAAUCAAGCCAGAUCUCCUCGUUUGAACCAGCGUGGGUCACAGCAACGACCCUACACUUCCCCUAAAGCUAUGCCAUCGAAGCCAACCUUAUUGGAUACUUUGAUGGGAGGAUCACCCGCCAAACAACUGCCACGCCCACCGCAACAGCUUUCCAUGCAAAUGCCAGAGCCUCAUCCAUACUCCCCCCAGUUACAGCAGUCAACUCCACCACACCCACAACAGCAACGGCGUUCUUUAAGUGGGGCACCACCUCUCCUACUGCAGCAAGCACAAGAACUGACCAGCCCGCGUAUUCAGGAUCGAAUCAGGAGCCCCACCGUCCUUUCUAAACCAGAAUUUAUUCAGCAGUACUUAAAUCUUAUACAGGUACGUUGGAGAUUUUAAUUGAGCACAGGUUGGUCACAGCAUAUUGAACGAGAUACAUAUUUUUUUUUCAGUCGGACGCAACAUUUUUGGAUUCAUUGUACAAUGAUUACGUUAGCAGAG